AAUAAUUCUUAGCUUGGGCUCACUAGGUCAACAGUCAAAUUGUCGCCUGAGAAAAUUGAGAAAGCUAUAAUACAAAAAUGGCAGCGAUCGCCGUUGGUGACAUCAUUCCCGAUGGAACUGUAUCUUACUUCGAUGAGCAAGAUCAGAUGCAGAGCGUUUCCGUACACUCACUUGCUCAGGGCAAGAAGGUCAUUCUCUUCGCCGUUCCCGGAGCUUUCACUCCCACUUGCAGCACGAAGCAUGUGCCUGGGUUUAUUGAGAAGGCUGACGAGUUGAAAUCUAAAGGCGUGGACGAAAUUCUCUGCAUUAGCGGUAUGUUUCUUCUCCUCAAUUAUCAUCAGUGAUGUAGAAUUUUAUUU